AUGAAGGUGAAGUGGACCAUGCUGGGCCUGGUGGUCUUCUUCCUGCUCUCCGUGGUCAUGACCUGCUGCUUCGUCUGGCAGUACAGGAUGCCCAAGCUGCAGACAGAGGAGACGGAGACACAGGCGGUGACGGAGAUGUGUCCUCGCUUCCCUGAGCCCGUGGCUCUGAAACACCCCAUCACGCCUCUGAGGGUGGCUCUGGAGAAGGUGGACCUGCUCCUGAGGUCCAGCGUUCACACCACCAGGCUGCCGGCGCUCUCAGCCAUCCUGGUUCUCAACGACUCGGUUCUGUGGAACGGAAACUUCGGCAAAAGGAACAUCAGUGAUCCGUCUUCAUCUGCACCCAAUGAGUACACGGUGUACAGGAUCGCCAGCCUGUCGAAGAUCUUCCCCACCCUGAUGCUGUACAAGCUGUGGGAGAGCGGCCUGGUGGACUCGCUGGACGAUCCGCUGGACAAGUACACAGACAACUUCACCAUCAAGAACCCGCUGGGGGGGCCGGGCCCGGCCGGGGCCCCCCGGGGCCGCUCGCCGGCGCUCACCCUGCGCAGGAUGGCCAGCCAGCUCUCUGGGUUACCCAGAAGAUUAAGGUCGACUAAUCUUCUUUGGAGCGGAGACACACAGGCGGCCCUGGGCCUGCUGCAGGAUGAUGUUCUGGUGGCUGAUCCAGGCACCAAAUGUCACUACAGCAACGUGGCCUUCUCCCUGCUGGCCGGCGUGUUGGCGCCGAAGGUGGCGGGCUCGGACUUCGAGAGCUGGGUGUCCAGGAACAUCCUGGAGCGGCUGGGCAUGGAGGACACCGGCUUCGAGCUGACGGCGGCCGUGCAGAGGCAGAUGGCGGUGGGGGUGUACGGCGGCGGCCAGCCCGCCCCGCUCUACGACCUGGGCUGGUACCGGCCCGCCGGCCAGAUGUACUCCACCACGGCGGACAUGGCCAAGCUGAUGAUGGCUCUGCUGGGGGCGUACGGCGGCGGCGUGCUCCGGCGGGACACCCUGGACACCAUGCUGCGCCCCGUCAUGAGGUGCCACGCCGGAUACUUCGCCAACUCCACCGGCACGCCGUGGGAGGUCAACCGGCAGUUCGGCUACGACGUGGUGAGGAAGGACGGGGACCUGGACGGGUUCGCCGCCACCAUGGCCCUGGUGCCGCGGCUCAAGCUGGGCCUGGUGGUCCUGAUGGCGGGGGUCCGGCCGGACAGGGACCUGGCCGGCCAGGCCUUCCGGCACCUCAUCCCGGUGGUGGAGGACGCCUUCAGGAGCGCCCGGCGGGCGGUGCGAGCGCCCCCCGACCCCGCGCCGUACGUGGGCUUCUUCACCUACAGGAACAUGACCUUCUACCAGAUCAAGGCGGACGCGCAGCGCGCCCUGCUCAUGCAGCAGUUCGGACCGCAGGUGGACUCCAGCGUGCCGCUGAAGUACCGGACCAUCAGACUGGACUACCUGCAGGACCGAGUGUUCCGGGUGGUGUUCGAGAGCCCCUACCCCUGCCAGAUGAAGAUCAACCGGUCCUCCGUCUCUCUGGAGGCGCAGGACGGCCAGCUCUUCAACUUCUUCCCUUUCAACAAGAAAGGUCUGUCCCCGGGGUUCGACUCUCCGGGCCUCAACACCUACAGAGUGAUGAGGAUCGCUGGCAGACCCUUCUUCACCUCAUGAAGACU